AUGUUCAGAGAACACGGAGAUCGAGGCGGCAUUCGUGGAGAUCGCGGUGAUGGACGGGGCGACAGGGCCGGGUUUCGAGGCGGCCGCGGCCAAGCGGGUGCUAUGCUGCAGGCAAUCGAAGUCUACACCAACCCCAAUCCUCAUAACGCGAAAGUCGGCCAAGCAGAAGAGGCGCUGCAUCCAAGCACCAAGAUAAUACCCUAA